AUUUGUCAGCAGCUGCCGCAUUGCUUACUAACCAGGCAUGAGCACUACGGCUAAUUUUACCACCACCGGCCAUCGCACGUACGAUCUGGAAUAACGUCAAAGUGGCGAAAUCCUCAGAAACUGCUACCCAGCACAAAGGUCCUUCAGGCAGAAAGAACUGGCCUGCCUCACUUAAAAAAGACAGAUCUGUCAGUAUGCAGGAGCAGGAUCUGUACAAUGCAGAAGAGGGCAGCGCUGACGACCAGCGGGGGGUUUGGGGUGGCAGGGCUGAGGGAGAGCCAGACGGAGAGCUUCGUAUCCCGGGGAAAACGGAGAGACACGGCAGACAGAGCAGGACAAAGAUCGCGGAAGAGAAACGCCUAAAAGAAAAAACACGAGUCACUCCGCCACCCUCCACGUUCCAGCGCUUCUCGGUGGACACCAACGAGUCUCUGCACUUCGAGCCUUAUAUCCCGUCAGACGAGGAUGAGCCCCGAUCACCCAGUUUCAGGGGAGCGACGGUGUACAGCGACGAGGUUUUCGAGGAAGAGGGUGAAACGGAGGAGGGGCCAGCGAUGGAAGAUGCGGGUGGGAGCAGGGUGGAACCGAAAGAGGGGCUUGGGGGACACAGUGAGAGAGACCCUCCCGGCGUCUUCUGCAUGGACUGCAAGGUGCCCACCUGGGCUUCCCAGAAGCUGUUGGGACCUCACAAGGACCAUCGGGUGAUCCAGAUAUCCAGAGCAGCAGAUGAUGUCAAGGAAGACCUUCGGAAAGGAAUGCACAAGCUCGAGGAGCAGAUUGGCCUGAUGGAGAACUUUGCAAGCCACUUGGAGGAGAUAUUCAUCACUGUAGAAGAGAACUUCGGCAGGCAGGAGCAGAACCUGGAGCAGCACUACAACGACGUGCUGCAGGUCCUGUCCCAGCGCAACGAGCAGGGGGUAUCCCAGCUCCAGGACGACAAGAAGCUGAAGCUGGAGGCCUUGUACACACAGCUGCUCGAGUGUGGAAAAACCCUGGACGUGUCCAAGGAGCUGAUAGAGGAGGCGCAGCAGAUCUACAGAAACGAGGACAAGACGGCUUUCCUGCAGGCUGUCUCACCUGCAUUAUGCAGCAGAAUCGAAGAAUUGUCCCAAGAUGAGUCAGAAAUCAAGCUGUCAGCCUCCAUGGACUUUGAAAAUACGCCAGUGGAUUUCUCAGAUGUUAAGCAAAUGAUGGAUUCCAUCAAUAUUCUCCCAGCCCCCUCAGCCCCCGUCAUCAACCCCCAGGUGCCCAACUCGGCCUCUAGCACGUCAGCGCGUGUGUGCUGGAGCCUGUUCUCCGAUGACACUGUGGAUUUCUACGAACUGCAUUACCAUCCUGUGCUGGAUGAUGCAACCCUCACCGGCCUGCAGGCCCCAGACACGCUGGAGAUCAGGGUAAAGGAGACGUACUGUACCGUGACGGACCUGCUGCCCAACGCACAGUACGAGUUCUGGGUGACGGCGACGAACACCACGGGCGUGAGCCCCGCCAGCGAGAAGGCCGUGUACAUGACGGUACCCUCGCCUCCCGUCAUCAAGCCACGAGAGUGCGCCAGCUGCCCCGAAGCGGCGCUGAUCCGCUGGGAGUCCGGCAACGCCAACCCUGUGGACUCCUACACCAUGGAGCUGAGCGAGAUCGGGGCGGAGGAGGGAGGCGGCAACGGCGUGACCGAGUCCAUAGUGGCUGUCCCCACCUGUGAGUGCCUUGUACAACUGCAGCCCGGCCGCCACUAUUCCAUCUGCGUCAGGGCCGUGAAUAUCGGGGGUCCCAGUGAGCGCAGUGAGCCCGUCAUCAUCCAAACAACAGGUACGUCCUUCCACCUGUUGGAAGACACCGCCCAUCCCUGCCUGUCCAUCUCCAGCGAUGGCCUCACCAUGUUCUACACCGACGAAGACUUACCCCUCAGCGGCAUGGUUUUUAGCGACAACACCUUUGCCCGAUGCGUGGCGGUGCUGGGAGAGCUCAUCCCCGUCCGGGGGAAGCACUACUGGGAGGUGGCAGUGGAGGACAGGACAGAGUUCAGGAUUGGCGUGGCGUAUGAAGACACCCAGAGGAACGGCUUCUUGGGGGGGAACAGCACCUCCUGGUGCAUGCGGCAUGUUAUCACACCUUCCAGGCACAAGUAUGAGUUCCUGCACAAUGGCUGGACCCCCGACAUUCGGAUUACGGUUCAUCCCAAGCGGGUCGGCGUCCUGCUGGACUACGAUGCGGGGAAACUGUCCUUCUUCAAUGCACACCUGGCCCAGCACCUUUACACCUUCCAGUGCCGCUUCUCGCACCACGUUCACCCUUGCUUUGCUUUGGACAACCCAGGCGCUCUCAGGCUUCACAACGGCAUCGCUGCUCCUGCUUACACAGUGUUUAACUGAUCUCAGCCUCUGUGUGUUUGCCUCAAUGUGACAUAGGCAUCUGGAAAUAAAUGGUUUUUCUCAAGGCGGAAGGUUCAGCAAUCCAAACCAAGGACAUACUAAAAGUUUUUAGCUUGAAUUUCAAACCUCACAGGUACUUUGGUCAUUAGAUGACCAAAAUAGUCCACAUCUGUGUUUAUUAUGGCGUUAACAGAGCUGAAUUAGAUCCCACUGUGUUCCCAAAUAACCUUAAUUUUAAUAUUGUCUUGGCUUGAUCUAGGUUAUCCCUUGUUAAACAAUAAAAUAAUAACAGGCCGAAUCGCUGUUUUGACAUCAAUAAAGUCUGAAACCAGCGUU